AUUUUCCCCCGCCCCCGACGGAGGGGGCCGUGGUUGACAUUUCACCUUUCCGCAGUGACAGUGCCCGGAUGAGGUCGCAGGAUGUCGUUUUGAAAGGAGGUGAAGAGAUCACCAGGAAGUGAUGCCUAUUGAAAGUGGAAGCAGUGCAGCUGCACGGCAGGUGAAAUCGAAACGUAAACCUCACGCUAUCUCUAUUCGAAGGACAAACAGCACUGAGCAGGAACGUGUCUCAUCACAGCGCGAAAUGUUGGAAGCACAGGAUUCCAAACUGCCAACAUCAAUUCGGCAAACUUUGCUGGAGCUGUUUGGACAGAUUGAACGAGAGUUCGAAAAUUUGUACAUUGAAAAUUUGGAAUUGCGAAGAGAAAUUGAAACUUUGAAUGAUCGUCUGACAGCUGAAGGUCAAACAGUGGAUGGGGGAGAUUUAAGCAAAGGACAGCUGAAGGCAAAAGCCAGCCACAGUACCAGCCAGUUAUCUCAAAAACUGAAAACAACCUACAAGGCUUCUACCAGCAAGAUUGUGUCAAGUUUCAAGACCACAACUUCUAGAGCAGUCUGUCAGCUGGUGAAAGAAUACAUAGGACACCGAGAUGGGAUUUGGGAUGUCAGUGUUACACGCUUGCAGCCUGUGGUGCUGGGCACGGCAUCAGCUGAUCACAGUGCUAUGUUGUGGAGCAUUGAGACAGGAAAAUGUCUCUUAAAAUACACUGGUCAUGCAGGGUCAGUGAAUUCAAUCAAAUUCCAUCCAUCAGAACAGGUAGCUCUCACAGCAUCUGGAGAUCAGACAGCGCAUAUCUGGCGAUACAUAGUGCAACUGCCCACCCCACAGCCUGUGAUUGAUUCAAACCAAAUGUCUGGGGAGGAAGAAGUUGAUUUCUCAGACAAAGAUGAAGCAGAUGGAGAAGUGGAAUGCCCCAGUGAAAGUCCAACAGUCCGAGCUCCAACAACUACGCUCAAGAGUCAUCAGGGUGUGGUCAUAGCUGCUGACUGGUUAGUUGGAGGCAAGCAGGUGGUCACAGCAUCCUGGGAUAGAACCGCGAACCUUUAUGAUGUAGAAACGUCAGAACUGGUGCAUUCUCUGACAGGACAUGACCAAGAGUUAACUCAUUGUUGUACUCACCCUACUCAGCGCCUUGUUGUAACAUCAUCACGUGACACCACCUUUCGUCUCUGGGAUUUUCGAGACCCUUCAAUACACUCAGUGAAUGUCUUUCAGGGUCAUACAGACACUGUAACAUCUGCUGUCUUUACUGUGGGAGAUAAUGUUGUAUCUGGCAGCGAUGACAGAACUGUAAAAGUCUGGGAUCUAAAGAAUAUGCGAUCUCCUAUAGCAACAAUUCGUACUGACUCAGCAGUCAACAGGAUAAGUGUUUCUGUUAAUCAGAGGAUUAUAGCACUUCCUCAUGACAAUCGUCAAGUUCGAUUAUUUGAUAUGUCAGGAGUACGUUUAGCUCGUCUGCCCCGCAGUAAUCGUCAGGGCCAUCGGCGUAUGGUGUGCUGCACAGCUUGGAGUGAGGACAAUCCGAUAUGCAACCUCUUCUCUUGUGGUUUUGAUCGUCAAGCUAUUGGUUGGAACAUCAAUAUCGCAGCACUCUUGCAAGAAAAAUAAAAUACCAUAGAGUGUUUCAAAAAUGACUUUAAAUAACUCUAAUCUUUAUAUGCUUACCUGUGUUUCUAUUGUUGUUACUGCUGUGAGUCUUCCAUCUAAGAAGAAAGAAUUGUACGAUUGGCAUUGAAUGGCUUAACAUGCAUAAUCUGCAUGUAAUGUCCGUGAAACUGCUCGGUUAAUGUGCCAAUCUUGAAUGCAAUGUUGCAUAUAUUAUCAACAUUUCGUUUUUUUUGGUAAUUUAUGUGUUCUUCGCUGGUCGUUAGAAUUGGUUGACCUUCUCACAUAUGGCAUAUAAAUGAUUUGCACAGAAGUUAUAGCUGGAUUCUGUAGCAAUGUGAGCAGGGCAUUUUUGAGUGACUGAAAAAAAUGUGAAGUGUAAAUUAUGUGAAGGGUAUAGUUGUGUUUGCUGUAACCUGAAAAUUCUACAUAUCUUCCUUGUUGCCUUGUAGAAAGUGCAGGGUUAGAAUAUCGCAAUUUUGAUGUGAUGUCACACUAUAUUUUCCUUCAGUCUUUUUACCUGCAGUAAGUAUCUGACUGUACCAGUGUAUUGCAGUGAAUUUCAGAUAUGUAUAUAGAUCUUUUCCUAAUUCAGCAAUGUUUGGAAUUCAGGUAUUUGAAUAUCAUACGAGUAGGCAGUAAUGUUUAAUCUGUAGAAUUUUAACCUCAUAUAAUGUAGUUCGUCAAUCAUAGGCCCUGGCUCUGAAAUGCAUUUUGUCAAAAUGUACACUAAUGAGAAAGAAAUGCUAUUAAGGUUUUUUUUGGUUUACUUUUGUGAUUCAAGCCAAUAUUAAGUGCAGGGAGUCCUACCUCCAGUCUGUGUGAAUGUGGGCAUAUGAUUAGUGUUGUAAUGCCUGCAAUCAGGAAGACUCGUUAAAGACUAAAGGCAAAUUAUUUACAUUCGAGAUCUCAUGCUCACCAUGACUUUGUAGUGACAUGAAACUUAGUGCUGAACAUAAUGGCUUGGAUAUCUAAAUAUGUACAAAUGAUAUCAAAGUUUAAACAAUUUGGAUCCCAGUGUGUUUCAGAUUUAAUGUAUGUUUGCCUAUUUUUACAUAGUUAAGCACAAUCGUGCUUAAUAUUUAAGUAAUUUGGCCUGCAAAUGAUCCCAGUGACAAUGCAUUGCAGUGCUAUCCUUUGUCCAGUAUGCUGUCAAUGCAGUAGCCUAAUUUCAUGAACUGUUUUGGUUCAUGCGUAAGUACCAACAGUAGUUUGAAAUAAUCAGAUUUUUACUGCCAGGCAUCGAUUUAAAUUUUCAUUUAACCCCAAAGAUUAGUAAUGUUCAAAAUGUUUAAAAUGCAGUCUGUAUUUAGUUGCCUGAAUGCUAAACAAUGUAUUGCAUAUUGUUAAAAAUCUGUGUUUCAAUUGAUGUUGGCUUUAAUGCACUUAAUGGUUUUUCAGUGUCGCAGUUAGGGCAAAUAAUGCAGGAAACAGUUUUGUUUUCUAAAAACUGGACAAUCUUAUUGGAGUUGUUUGGAUUUGGUGCCAGCAAAUGAAUAGUUGAUUUUCAGGUCAGCAGUGCAUAGCUGCCUUGGAACUUCCUAUUGGAUAGAUGAAUACUGCAGUAUGCCGAGUAUGAUUAUGAUACUGCUACAACAUAUGGCGAUUUACAAGUAGAGCACUGGAUAUUGUUUAAGCAGCAGAUUGUUCUGACAUAAACUAUCCAAUGUAAGAAACAUUACUGGACAAAUUGUCAAAACUUCUAAAAUCAGUUUUGUUUGCUUGUGUGUGAUUUGUAUCACGUCCCUGUGUAUUCCAUGGCAACUCAGUAAAAUGUAGUUUCUUCUUUUCAUUAAAGCAUUAAAUAUUUGUAUUAUAAAUUACUUUUCCAGUGCUUUGGGACUACUGUUUCAAUGUAGCAUAGAGGUGUGACAACAACUUAUAAAACAAGUAAAAUGUUUCUGGAGAUGAUUGUAAUGUUAUUCAUAAGCAGUCAUAAAGCUGCCAAGAGCAUUUUUACAGAGAAUGUUUGCUGCACUAGGUUGCUGGAUUAGACAAUGAGUAUGAUUAUGAUUUCCGAUCUAAUGUAAUGCAUGUUGCUAAGUGUCAUGCUCAUUUUUGUCAGGCUUUAGACUGCAACACACAAACUUACAUUGAAACAGAUGUGGAAAGUUGUUCUGUUUCUGUAUUGUCAUAAGAUACUCAUGCAUUGCAUCUGUUUCUCUAAAAGAAACUCCACUUGUGCCCAUUUCACUUAUUAGUCAGUAUUUCAGCAUGUUGGUGUUUAAAAUUGAGUUUUAAUUUAUUUCAGAAACUUGAAACAAAGGGGUGAAAUUAAACGUGAAAUAGAAAAGAUUUUGUUUUGGUGAAUUAUAUUGAUUUCUAUUGUAGAGAAUGCAAUAUGGUACUUCAGUGCCCAAUUCCAUACUUCUGUUACAUCUAUAAUUCACUACACCAAUCAAUUCCUGGCCUAUUUCCAUAGUUCUACCUUCUUUAACCUCAGAGUUAUCUAAAAAAAUCAGCUGCUCACUCCUUAGCUCAAACCCCAUCCAACCCCCGCUCGCAGAUCUGUGUUGAUUCCUGAUUAACCUACAUCUCAAUUUUAAAACAUACCUUUAUCCUCCCUAACUCCCUUUCAGCCACAUAAUCUUCUGAAAGUCCUCUAAUUCUGGCCAUUGUGUACUGCUGAUUUUUGCAGUUUCAUUAUCGGUGGCUCUGCCUUUAGUUGCCUGGGCCGCAGACUUUGGAAUUCUCUUGCUCGACCCUUUUGUCUCUACCUCUCUUCUUUGAGACACUUAACCUGUCUCCUUGACUAAGCUUUUGGUCAUUGCCCAAAUACUUCCUCAUAUGGAUUGGUGUCAUAUUUUAUUUUAUUAGUGCUGUUAUGAAUUGCCGUGCAAUGAUAAAAAUGGUAUUAAAUGCAGUUUAUAGUUGUCGUUGAUUUUUCACCAAAAAACUACGCUUUUCUUAUCAGAAGCCACAAAUGAUAUAACCAAAAUAUCUGCACAGAUUUAUUGAUGUAGCUGCUAUAUUUUUCUUUUGUUGAUUCAGCCAAUUUGUCUUCCUUCUGCACAUAUUGCAUUUUCUGCUUUACAGUUUCUCUGAAAAAUGUUGCGUAACUAAGAAGUUUCUUUCUUCCUCAAGCAUACAUUUUCUUGAACGAAGACAAAGUUGC